GAUACAUUAAUUGUUUGGUCAGAAGCUGAAAAUUAUGAUCUGGCUCUAAGUUUUCAAGAAAAAGCUGGCUGUGAUGAGAUCUGGGAAAAAAUUUGUCAAGUUCAAGGUAAGGACCCAUCAGUAGAAGUCACACAGGACCUCAUUGAUGAAUCAGAAGAAGAACGAUUUUAAGAAAUGCCAGAGACUAGUCAUCUUAUUGACCUGCCCACAUGUGAACUCAGUAAACUUGAAGAGAUUGCUGACUUAGUUACCUCAGUUCUUUCCUCACCUAUCCGUAGGGAAAAGCUGGCUCUGGCCUUGAAAAAUGAAGGCUAUAUCAAAAAACUACUGCAGCUGUUCCAAGCUUGUGAGGACCUAGAAAACACUGAAGGCUUACACCAUCUGUAUGAGAUUAUUAGAGGAAUCUUAUUCCUAAAUAAGGCAACUCUUUUUGAGGUAAUGUUUUCUGAUGAGUGUAUCAUGGAUGUCGUGGGAUGCCUUGAAUAUGACCCUGCUUUGGCCCAACCAAAAAGGCAUAGAGAAUUCUUGACCAAAACUGCAAAGUUUAAGGAAGUUAUACCAACAACAGACUCAGAACUAAGGCAAAAAAUACAUCAGACUUACAGGGUACAGUACAUUCAGGACAUCAUUUUGCCUACACCGUCUGUUUUUGAAGAGAAUUUCCUUUCUACUCUUACAUCUUUUAUUUUCUUCAACAAAGUUGAAAUAGUCAGCAUGUUGCAGGAAGAUGAGAAGUUUUUGUCUGAAGUUUUUGCACAGUUAACAGAUGAGGCUACAGACGAUGAUAAACGACGUGAAUUGGUUAAUUUCUUCAAGGAAUUUUGUGCAUUUUCUCAGACAUUACAACCUCAAAACAGGGAUGCUUUUUUUAAAACCUUGGCAAAAUUGGGAAUUCUUCCAGCUCUUGAAAUUGUAAUGGGCAUGGAUGACUUGCAGGUCAGAUCAGCUGCUACAGAUAUAUUUUCUUAUCUGGUAGAGUUUAGUCCAUCUAUGGUCCGAGAAUUUGUGAUGCAAGAAGCCCAACAGAGUGAUGAUGAUAUACUUCUUAUAAAUGUGGUGACUGAACAAAUGAUCUGUGAUACUGACCCUGAACUAGGAGGUGCAGUUCAGUUAAUGGGAAUUCUUCGUACUCUAAUUGAUCCAGAGAACAUGUUGGCUACAACUAAUAAAACUGAAAAGAGUGAGUUUUUAAAUUUCUUCUACAACCAUUGCAUGCAUGUCCUCACAGCUCCACUUUUGACCAAUACGUCAGAAGACAAAUGUGAGAAGGAUAAUUUGCUUGGAUCUAACAAAACCAAUACAAUUUGCCCUGAUAAUUAUCAAACAGCACAGCUACUUGCCUUAAUUUUAGAGUUACUCACAUUUUGUGUGGAACAUCACACAUACCACAUAAAAAACUAUAUCAUGAACAAGGACUUGCUAAGAAGAGUUUUGGUGUUGAUGAAUUCAAAGCACACUUUCUUGGCCUUGUGUGCUCUUCGCUUUAUGAGGCGGAUAAUUGACCUUAAGGAUGAAUUUUAUAAUCGUUACAUCACCAAAGGAAAUCUUUUUGAACCAGUUAUAAAUGCCCUUUUGGAUAACGGAACUCGGUACAAUCUCUUAAAUUCAGCUGUUAUUGAAUUGUUUGAAUUUAUAAGAGUGGAAGAUAUCAAGUCUCUUACUGCACAUAUAGUCGAAAACUUUUAUAAAGCACUUGAAUCGAUUGAAUAUGUUCAGACAUUCAAAGGAUUGAAGACUAAGUAUGAACAAGAAAAAGACAGACAAAAUCAGAAAUUGAACAGUGUACCAUCUAUAUUGCGUAGUAACCGAUUUCGCAGAGAUGCAAAAGCCUUGGAAGAUGAUGAAGAAAUGUGGUUUAAUGAGGAUGAUGAUGAAGAAGGAAAGGCAGUUGUGACACCAAUCGAAAAAUCUAAGACUGAAGAUGAUUUUCCAGAUAGCUAUGAAAAAUUUAUGGAGACUAAAAAAGCAAAAGAAAGUGAAGACAAGGAAAACCUUCCCAAAAGGACAUCUUCUGGUGGCUUCAGAUUUACUUUCUCCCAUUCCCCCAGUGCUGCUAAUGGAGCAAACAGCACAAACAAUAAGUCUGUGGUGGCUCAGACAACACCGGCAAGUUCUAAUGGGUCCUCUUCCAAAACUACAAACUUGGCUGCAUCAGUAACAGCCACUAAGGGGAGUUUGGUUGGCUUAGUGGACUAUCCAGAUGAUGAAGAGGAAGAUGAGGAAGAAGAAUCAUCCCCCAGGAAAAGACCUCGACUUGGCUCAUAGAAUACUUGCUGGGAGACUCCCAACACAUGGUCUUACUAAAACGCUGCAGCUGCUCACUGAGCUCAAGUCUGACUCGGAAAGCUUUCUCAUGGAACUCAACACACACACGGAGUAGCAGAGACUCAGUUAUCAGAUAGGAAAGUGUAGUUGUUUAAGAAAAACCAGGCUCCCCGAGAACUUAAUUGUUUCCUACUGAUUAACGGUUUGCCUUUUGGGCUGUCCGAAAUCAGAAGAGGAAGAAGAAGAAGGAAUGAUUGUUGGAGCCUGGGUGAAAGCUUCCCAGCGAGGAAAGUCUCAGGUUUGGGGGAGGAAGGGUUGUUAAGGAAGGGUUGUUAAUGCAGGGUUGCUUCAGGGGGUCCAACCUAUAGAACAUCGUGAGACUUCAGUACCCAAUAACAUUGCUUGUAUAAUGGUGCUGGCCAUGUUGUUGUUUUAAUCAGCUGCCUCUUUUUAAAAGAACUUUUUUAUGUACAACAAAUUGAGCUGUAAUUUGAAAUGAAGUUACGUUGUUGGGACCAUUUCUUUAAAGAUUUCACAGAAGUCAGCCUUUGGUGUUUGACAGGACAUAUACCCUAGGUAACAGCACAUACCAAUUUCUUUACA